AUGGCGUAUUUUGUCAACUGGGCGGGCAUGGACCCAUCGGUCAUCCCUGCUGCCUCGCUCACCCAUGUUCUCUACGCCUUUGCUUCCAUCGACCCCACCACAUACGAGGUCGUCCCGUCCAACCCAGCAGUGGACGUCACUGAGGGUCUCUACCUGCGCUUCAACUCCGCCCUGAAAGAAACCAACCCCGCCAUCAAGACCCUCCUCUCCAUCGGCGGCUAUUCCGCAGGCACCACCGCUUUCGUCAACGCCGCCUCCUCCUCCUCCUCCCGCUCCGACUUCAUCCAAUCAGCGAUCGCCCUCGCCCGAUCGUACAAUUUCGACGGUCUGGAUCUCGACUGGGAGUACCCAACAGGCAACGCCGCCCUUUUCUCUGCCCUGCUCACGGAUUUCCAGGCGGCGAUCGAAUCCGAAGCCGCUUCUUCUGGAAACCCCAAGCUCCUGCUCUCUGCAGCAGUUUCUGCCUACGAGCCGACAAUUGCUGAAUCCUACGACGUCCCGACACUCAACAGUGCACUGGACUUUGUAAAUGUUAUGACGUACGAUCUGCAUGGGUCAUGGGAGUCUAACACCGGCAUGCACACUGCUCUGGAGGAUCUGAGCAACUCCCAGCUGAGCCUCAAGGGCGCCAUGGAUGCCUGGGUGUCCCGAGGCUUGGCUCCGAACAAGGCCAUGCUCGGCCUGGCGACGUACGGCCGAACCUGGACUCUAGCCUCGGCAAGCAGCACUGGGGUUGGAGCUCCGGCCACUGGGCCUGGUCAGCCUGGGUCUAUCAGUCAGGAGGCUGGUGUCCUCUUUUACAAGGAAAUCGAUCAGCUGGUAACCACUGGAGGUUACACAGCUACGCUCGACGCCCCAACAUCCUCUAUGUAUGCGGUAAGUGGUGACCAGUGGAUCGGUUAUGACGACCCUUCCACCAUCACCACCAAGGUCCAAUUUGCCAAGGCGCAAGGCUAUGGAGGGUGGUUCUUCUGGGCACUCAGCCAGGAUGCCAACGAUGCUUUGCUCAAUGCCGCUGCUGCUGCAUGA